CUUCUAAUCGCAAGACAGCACUAGUCGUCUUCAAUCGGCAAACUUGCGAUUGGCGCUAGUUUGAAAUGGAACUGCUCCUCGACCGUUUGGAUUCAGUGUUCGAUCAUCUGUAGUUUCGGAAUGAUUGCACGCGUUUGACUCUCAAAGACGACGUCAACGGUUUCAUAUCGAGUUUUGCAUCGGUCCAACUCGUUUCUGGUUCGAUCACUUCCUCACCCCGGUUGCUUUUGGUGACAAGGAUCACCGUUUUCUCAUUCGAGUAUCACUGAGCUGAGCCGAAUCCCAGCGCAAACAGACUUAACACCGAAAGUUGAGUGUCGUCGUCGAAGGCGGCGGCGACCAGAAGUUGUCACUAGAGAGUGGUGCCUUGACAAAGCCAAUAUACCGCUGAUUGGCAAAUUAGCAAGCCGUUCCGUGACAGACAAGCGGUUGGUUAGUGGCGAUCAUCACCAGUUACGGGCCAGUUUCUGCCGCGAAAACACGUUUCAGCAUUCGCGCACGGGUCUCAACAGAGAGAGAGGCGACACUUGGGACAGGAAGCUAUCUUGCACGAGUUCGCGCACUCCACGACUUGGCCGCCGAUUAGCCGGUUGUGACUUUAUCCAGGUGCCUGCCGGAGAUCAGUCGAGAGUGUUUGAUCACGUUCGUCCGUUGGUGAUAAACGAAUCGAAUUGAUAGGUUUUUUUUUUCGUAGUUUGGUGAAGUCGCAGUAAACCCCAUCGAGAAGCAGGCCGGUGCAACUGUGCGAAUACUAUCCCAGACUGCUCCGCUUCAGGCAGAAGUGGUUCUUAUCGCGCCUACUUUGUGUCCGUGCGGCUAGUUGAACGAGUUCUUUGACGAGCUUUUCGAGUAACGGAGUGAAGUGCUCUACUGUGCAUCGUAGUGUUUUUCGAGGUGCGAGUUUUUGUAAGAAGAAACCGAAUGAAUUAAGUGCAUUUUAUUCGCCAAAAGCACGUCUUGAUGGCAGACUGCUGAAUUUCGGUGACGGCCGGUUGGUGAUUGUGUUACGAGUAGUGCAGUUUGUUUUGCUCCGGAGCCAGCUGAUGUGCAGAUUGUUUUAGCAGAUUGAGAUUCCACACACGAUCGAUACUACCAUUUCCGCGUAGUCCGUUACGCCACCGACAAUUACCCCAAUCAAGCGAUGAACUCGAGCAUCAUUAGCCUCGACAACCGGUAGCCGAAAAUAACCCUUAGGAUGUAACUUCCACCAUCCCUCCCUGCUUACUAUGGAAUUGUACACCGCCGGGGAGGACCUCCUAGCCAGCACCUGGAUCAACUUCGUCCCUGUCCCGUUCUACACCCGUAUCCUGCUGUUGCUGCUUCUCCAGCUGGAUCUUCCGGAUAGAUUCGCGGCUGCGUAGAUCGUCUCUAAUCAGUUCAGAAUCGCGGUUCACGCAAUUUGUAUGCGGGGGGUAUAAUUGCGACGGCCAAGUGCUGUGGGGGUACGCAACGCGCUACGCAUGCUUCGAUCGUCUCCCCGGUCGUUACGCGCCUCCAGUACACAGUAGUUAGAUGAACAAAAAUUCUAGUGCUGGGAAAAAAUCGAUCGCAGUUAGUCGUCCAGGUGACGAUCCGGUGGACGGACGCGUAGAGUGGAUGAGUCGGGCGCAACAUCCGUCCAUUCAUCACAGUCGGCGGCGAUUCGAUCUAGUUGGCGUGCGUUCUCAGAUGUGCACAAAUUGUAGUACUCCGAAGAAACAAAAUCGCAAUCUUGGAGGAAUAUUUAAAUCAAUUCACCGCGGAAGCGAAUUGCGCCUCCAUACAGGAAGAGUGAUGAAUGGCCAAAUGAGAUGAUAGGAAUUAAUUAAAGUUGUGUUUCAUGUGAUAAGUGGGACCCGUGUGUUUGCUCCUCGUUUCAAUCCAGUGAUAUUCCUCAGCGCGGGUCGCGAUUACUGCAGUGGAAUACAAUAAAAAUAUGGUUAAUUAAUUACGAAAAAAAAAUCGUGCCGAGCAGAGACACCGGUUACGCCUGCUGGGAUUCGGGAUCAUUCUCACAUAAGGCUACCGACUCGUCGCGAGUGUGCAAGUGUAUCGAGGGAGCAGCAGGAGAGGAUCAUCAUCGUCGAAGCAAGCGACGAACCUCACCUCACCGCGAGUGUAUUAUAGCGUGAAGAAGCAUCCAAAUUUACGGCCGAAUUUCGUGGAAUUUCGCGAAAAUAAAACGCCAAUCCAGUGGCAUUAUCGGUGGAUGAUUUAACGCCGAAACGAGCUGGAAGCGUGUGCACGAUAAUAACGCUUUCAGACUCACCGUGGUGCAUUUUGUAUUAUUAGUGUCACGCAAUCGAUGCAGCGAAGCGCGGUGAAGACGGUAGCAUUCCACGCACGGAAACCCCAAACCACCGCAAGGAAGUUGAUUUUCGGUCGAAAGUUUUGGAAUUAAUAAGUGGAAUUGUGCAAGAUCUGAGGAACAAAACCGAAGAAAAAAAAGAAGAAGAAGGAACGAGAUGACCCCGAAGGAGUGGCUGGCACUGUUUGCCUUCUAUGCCGCUUAUCUGUUCUUCGGGGCUAGCGUGUUCUACCACAAUGAGCACGCGCUGGAGACGGAGAGGCGCGCCGAAGAGUUAGCCGAGCGGAUCGAAAUGAACGAGCUGCUUACAAAGUACCUGGCGCCCCAUGAUAACGAACUGCAGCAGGAACUGUUGGUUCGCCUCAACGAUUACUGCGACAAGAAAGUCACCAACUACACCCUGGACGAGUACGAGCCACCGUACGUGUGGGACUUCUACCACUCGUUCUAUUUCGCGUUCAUCGUUUGCUCCACCAUUGGCUAUGGUAACAUCUCACCCAACAACACCUUUGGAAGGAUAUUCAUGAUCUUCUAUGCGUUGAUCGGUCUCCCGGUGAAUGGUUUCUUCUUCGCCUACCUUGGCGAUCUCUAUGGAAAAACUUACAUCCGGUUGUAUCGACGCUACAAGCAGUUCAAGCUGUCGUCCAACAGGCAGUACGUCCCGCAUCAGGUCAACUUCAUCGGGCAGAUCGUCCUGUACCUGAUUCCGGGCAUCGUGAUUUUCAUCUUCCUGCCGGCGGCGAUUUUCAGCUAUUUUGAAAAGUGGCCUUACGACGUAUCGGUGUACUACUCGUUCGUAACGCUCACCACGAUCGGGUUCGGCGAUUACGCGAGCACGUUCCAGGCCUCGCAGGAGCAUGAAUUUGGGACGGCCUACAUAUACUAUCAGGUCUUCGUCAUCCUGUGGUUCUUCGCCGGAGUGGGCUACGUGUUCAUGAUCUUGGGUUUCAUUGCGAAAGGAAUGGCCCACAAGAAGGUCCAACGGUUGGAGAAGAUGCUGGCCGUCAACGUGAAGGCUGCCCAGAAUCGUGUUUGGAAUGGCGUCACCAGGGAUAUCAGCUAUCUGAGGAAGAUUCUGAAUGAGGUCUACAUGAUGAAGUUCAAGCCCGUUUUCGAAGAACCAUCGGAUCGCUUCGCCAGCAUGAACCUCAGCCGUUCGGAUUCCUGCCCGGAGUUGACGAUGUACCGCGAGGAAGACAUCGAUCCCAUCGCCGUCUGUCGCAAGCGGGCCUACUCGAUGAGCACGACGGCCGCCCAUGUCGAACCACGUCUACGGUCCAAGUCCGUUGUGAGUGUACCGUCGAUCCGCAGACUGUCGGACAGCGAUCUCAGCCGGAUCAACAAGGAGAAGACCUUCGGCAUCCAGGCGCUGGUUCAACCGGCCGAGCUGCUUGCGAAGGUCGUCUCGGCUCUGGCCAACAUUAGCACCAUUGACGAGGAUGGCCAGAGUAUCUUGGAGCAGGCUUCGAUCAAUACGGGAAUCAACUGCUUCUCGGACUCGCAGAUUCUGGCUAGUGAGCAGACCUGGUCCGGAUGGUCGAACUAUGGAGGAUCAGAUCAUGCUUAUCUGACGACCCCUCCGAUGGGUAGACCGAGGGCGUCCUCGGACAUCGGAUUGGCUCCACAUCAGACACCAGGCAAUCCAUACGACUGGACCUGGAGCGGAGGUGAUGCCUUACAAAUCAAGGAAAUGAUGAAAAUCCGCCAGAAGGCUCUCAAGUCACGCGACAAUCUACUGCGGACAGCUCUGUCGAACAGCAAACAGCAGUUCGGCUCGAACGUUUCGUUCGAAACGCCUCCACCGCCCAGAGAGCGCUUAUCGUCGUUCUCUGCGUUGAAUCGCAGACUUCUGCAGCGGCUGAAUCCCUUCCGGAAGACUUCGAUCGCUUCCGAAGCCAAACCCAGUCCCAUCUACGAUGUGGAAUCCGCUCGGCCGGUAGAGUCGUACCUAUCCAAGACUUCCCGAGGUCGAGCCUCGAUGUUCAACUUCCCACCGCAGCAGUAUUUGGCGGCCACAUCCAAAGGUCGAGGCAGCAUUAUGUCACUUCCGCCCUCCGACGAACAUCUGCUGGAGACGACAACCAUCGGUGACCUGAUCCGAGCUUUGGAGAUAGCCCAUACUCAUGCUACCAUACAGAACUACGCUACCGUAGGCUCUACAAAGUCUCCGCAGCGGAAAAUCGCGACGUCCAUAGCACCUCAGAUGCCCCCAUCGAUUAUGUCGAUCUUCCCCAACAAUCCGUCCCCGGAUCUAGUCGCUCGUCGAGGAUCUCUCAAGCCGCAUCUCGGCCAAUCGCUGAGCAAUCCACUCCAGUCUAGUCCCCUAAGCCAUAAUCCAGUGUCUUCCUCGUCGUUCCGCAUGGCGAAUCCUCCGCCUUACAGUGCCACCUCCGGCUACACUCCGUCCCCCAAACCUCUCCGAAGGCGCUUCAGCGUUCGCCUCUCCAGUCUAGCCUAUCCGCCGGGUCAAUGUCCUCGCCCAGGAACCCCUCUAGAUACUUCCACUCCCCUAACGUCCUCCUCUUCAUCCCUGUACGCUCCAACCACUACUCUCCAGCGCAAACUCUCCAACCGGCCAAGUCCGCUGGCCAGCCAGAACCAGAACCUCCUAACAGUCCCGUCGUCUGUCGGGGCCAGUGGAAGCACCAAACCCUGGCGCCCAGCCCUCCUCCGGUCCGAUUCGGAUCAAACAACGGCCCACCUGACGCCCGUCCAGCGGAUCGCUCCGGGCCUGGCGGGAUCCCGUUGUCGCCAUAGCAGUCUGUGCCAAACCGAGGAACCCAGAACCAAGGACGACUACGGAAACAGCUGAUCCCAGUCGAACCCCCCUCUCUCCUCCGAGUGACACGAAUAAAACCGAACAGUAUUGCCUUGUAGUAAGGAAGAAGAAGUGAUCAUCAUCAGUGAGUGUAAACACCAAUAGGCGUUUAAGAAACCAAUUCCAGCCAAUUUAGUGAUAAGGUUGCAAUAGUGCAGACCAUAAUUAAUCGUAAGUUUUAUUGUUAUGACCAUAGUCGUGUAAUUGUAGUACAAUUUUGACCAUUCCAAAUGGUAAGUUUAGUGGAACAAAGUUUUAGAAAAUGUUGCCAAUCAACGCCAUACUUAUAGUUUAUGGGAGGAGCCUUAAACGAUGUUAACUAGCGAAUCAAAUUUGGAACAGCUUUAGAGGGUGAAAUUAACGAGACUUGAUUAAAAGGGUUGAGUGACUUGAAACUUUUUGGAAAUAUCAAA